AUGGCUUCAAAUUCUGGCUGCACCAAGUCAGCAAAUUAUGUGCCACUUUAUGUAAUGCUUCAGUUGGGAGUAGUUACCAGAGAAAACCAAUUCCCAUACAAAGAAAAGCUGGAGAAGCAGCUCAAAGAGCUAAAAGCUGCUGGAGUUGACGGUGUAAUGGUAGAUGUCUGGUGGGGAAUUAUAGAGGCCAAAGGUCCCAAACAGUACGAUUGGUCUUCCUACAGGAAAUUGUUCAGACUUGUUCAAAAAUGUGGAUUGAAAGUACAGGCUAUAAUGUCAUUCCACCAGUGUGGUGGCAAUAUAGGGGAUGUUGUGGACAUUCCUAUCCCAGAUUGGGUACUUGCUAUCGGAGAAGAACAUCCCGAUAUUUUCUACACUGACCGAUCAGGUACUAGGAACAGAGAGUACCUCUCACUUGGUGUUGAUAACUUGCCUCUCUUUGGAUGUCAAAACGCUGUCCAGAUGCAUAGUGAUAACAUGAAGAGCUUCAGCGAGAAUAAGUCAGAUAUUUUGGACUCCAGAACCAUUGUAGACAUCAAGGAUAACUUGCAUCACAUUGGACAUCGAACUGCUGUCCAGAUGUAUAGUGAUUACAUGAAGAGCUUCAGAAAGAACAUGUCAGAUUUUUUGGAAGCCGGAACCAUUGUAGACAUUGAGGUUGGACUAGGGCCUGCAGGAGAGCUAAGAUAUCCAUCAUAUCCUCAAAGUCAAGGAUGGGUUUUCCCCGGCAUUGGAGAAUUUCAGUGCUAUGACAAGCAUUUGAGACUAGAUUUUAAGGUGGCUGCAACCAAGGCAGGGCACCCAGAAUGGGACCUCCCAGAUGAUGCAGGAACAUACAACGACACCCCUGAGAAAACAGGAUUUUUCAGAUCAAAUGGGACUUACCAGACAGAAAAGGGAAAGUUUUUCUUAACAUGGUACUCUAACAAGCUAAUAUACCACGGGGAUCAGAUACUUGAGGAAGCCAACAAAGCCUUCUUGGGAUGCAAAGUCAAGCUCGCUGCUAAGGUUUCCGGAAUCCACUGGUGGUAUAUGGAUGAGAGUCAUGCUUGUGAGCUAACAUCAGGAUACUAUAACCUGACUGGCAGGGACGGAUACCGGCCUAUAGCAAGGAUGUUGUCCAGACAUUAUGGAACCUUAAAUUUCACAUGUCUUGAAAUGAGAGACAGUGAACAACCGCCAGAAGCAAAAAGUGGACCUCAAGAACUUGUACAACAGGUUUCGAGUGGUGGAUGGAAGGAACAUAUUGACGUGGCUGGCGAAAAUGCACUUCCAAGAUAUGAUCGUGCAGCUUACGAUCAAAUCCUUCUGAAUGCUAGGCCAAAUGGUGUCAACAAAUGUGGUCCUCCAAAACCGAAAAUGGCUGGAGUGACCUACCUUCGUUUAUCAGAGGAGUUACUUGAAGAGAGGAAAUUCAGCGUAUUUAAAGAAUUUGUGAAGAAAAUGCAUGCUGAUAAGGAUUACAGUCCAUGGGUCACUCAUGUAGCUCCUCUGCAUAAAUCAAAACCAAAGAUUCCAAUUGACGAAAUUUUGGAAGCAACCAAACCAAUCAAGCCAUUCCCGUGGAAUGAGGAGACAGACAUGAGUGUUGGUUCAACUGAUCACCAUUGUAAAGAUGUUACAAUGCAUCCUCAACACGUCAUUAUGAGCACCCAAUCACAGGAGUCUCCUCUUCGUGUAUUUUUGUUGGGUUUUCGUCUCCUGUCAAUCGGCGAGGUUGCAUUGAGUAUGGAUUCAGAAGUAAACAAUAGCAUCCUACCAUGCCAACCAGUGACAAGAGAGCCUUAUAAGUUCAUGUGUCGAAUACUCUGA